CGCCAUGGUGCUAUUUUGAAUGAGCCGGACCAAAACCUGGGGUUUUGUGGAACUCGAUUGAACCCCAUGGGGGGGUAAUGACUCUACCCGUAGCACGAUAGUUCGAUUAAGUAUCUUAAAAACAUAUAAAUAUUGCUCUGUGGCACAUCUGAAACUGAUUCGUUUCCGUCUAGACGGCAGCAAAACACUGGAUUCGAAGAUUGAUUGCUAGAAUUCGAUGAAUCUAUGCCCAUCAUGGCCCAUUCACUAGAUUUGAAGCAGCCCAAGGAUGAGUUUAUUUCCUACGUUGAGCCCUCUGACUCCCAUAUUUCUCACAAUGUCAACGCCAAAAUUUGGAACCCUUUGAUGGGCAUAUCCAAAGAUAACCUGAAAUCUCAAGUUCGGGCCUUUUGCAUAGAGUACGGUUUUGAAGACAAGGAAGAUGUCUUCUUCCGAGGUGCUCUGGCAGCCCAGAAUCCAAGAGAUUACGAAGAUAUACCAGAGCUCACAAACGAUGACAAGUAUUGGCUAAAGCGCGAAGUCACCAAUCGGUGGCAUUUGCCCAAGGCUCUUUACUAUACCAUCGCUCUUUGCUCCCUUGGAUCAGCCAUCCAAGGCUGGGAUAACACCGGUGCCAACGGCGCAAACUUGUCGUUUCCUCAGGAAUUUGGCAUUGAAGACAACGGUUGGCUCGUUGGCGUCAUCAACGCAGGUCCAACUCUCUUUGGCCUUCUCAGCGCAUGGGCCGCUGACCCAGUGAAUAACCUUCUCGGUCGACGGGGAACAGUCUUCGUCACGGGCCUGUUCUGUAUCUUUCCGGUCUUGGCGCAGGCAUUCACGCAGAACUGGUGGGGCUUAAUGAUCUGCCGCUUGUUCAUGGGCCUUGGAAUGGGUAUCAAGAUUUCGACCAUCCCAGUAUUUUCCGCAGAGGUCGCACCAGCAUCUAUUCGUGGUGGGUUAGUCACCAGCUUCCAACUUUGGGUGUCAUUUGGCAUGUUUGUGGGAUACUGCUGCAAUCUGAUCUUCUAUCGGGUUGGAAAGUUGGCUUGGAGGUUUCAGCUUGCAUCAGCAUUUGCACCGGCGAUUCCUGUUGUGAUAUUUGUGUGGUUCUGUCCCGAAUCGCCUAGAUGGCUGAUGAAAAAGGGGCGAUACGCGGAGUCAUUCCAAUCAUUUUGUCGGUUGAGGAACACUGAGAUGCAAUCCGCAAGGGACCUGUAUUAUGCCCACUGCCAAGUGAUGGAAGAGAGAGAUGCGUUUGCCGGCGUUAGCUAUUGGCACCGAGCAUGGGAGCUCUUCUCUGUGCCUCGAUUGCGGCGUGCGGUUGUAGCCAGUGGAUGGAUCGUCAUCAGUCAACAAUUCUCUGGAAUCAACAUCAUGGCCUUCUACAGUUCAACAAUUUUCGUUGAGGCGGGUUACUCGACUCUUAGCAGCCUGCUCGCUUCCAUGGGCUUUGGCCUCGUUCUCUUUGUCUUUGCUUUCCCAGCAGUCUACACCAUGGAUACUUUUGGCCGUCGAAAUUUACUUUUAACAACAUUUCCAAAUAUGGCUUGGUGCCUUCUUGCUGCCGGGCUUUGUUUUUUGAUGUCAAAUGACAACAGCGCUCGGAUCCCUUGCAUUGCUUUCUUCAUCUACCUCUUCACUGCUUUCUAUGGACCUGGUAUUGGUCCCUUACCAUCAAUCUACUUUGCCGAGGCGUUCCCUCUAUCUCAUCGUGAGCUUGGCGCUGGUUUUACCAUUUGCAUCAACAACGCUGUUGGCAGCGCUUUGAGUCUUACUUUCCCUUCGCUCCUGAAAGGGCUCGGACCUACUGGAGCAUUUGGAUUUUACGCAGGAUUAAACAUGUUCGCAUUCGUGGUCAUAUUUUUCAUCGUUCCAGAAACAAUGAAACGUACAUUGGAAGAGCUCGACUUUAUAUUUGGCGUACCAACACGGCGCCAUAUUUCUUACCAAGUAGGCACUUGGCUACCUUGGUUCAUUAAGAAGUACAUCUUUUUCCAGCGCAAAGCGAAACUUGAGCCUUUGUAUAAGCUGGAUGGCGGUGUGGUCGACACAUCAAGCGCAUAG